AUGUCCAGGUUCUCUCAACUUGAGUCAGAAAACACUGACAGGUUUGAUGCUUUGGCCUCAAAGCUAUCCUCUUUGAAAAAGAUCACACAGGACAUAAACACACAGGCAGCACAAGACUCGUCCAUAGUGAACGAUCUAAACAAUGGAAUGUCCACUUUGGUGGCCAGCGUGAAAACCACGAGCACAAAACUUGCCCGUGUAAUGAACCAAAAUACGAGUCUGACGAGAAUGGUUAUACUGGGGCUAUUGGCCAUCUUCAUUCUUUGGACUUUGCUGAAGUUGUGGUGA